CGCCCAAAACAAUGCGAGGUCUGCUCCGUCGAAGGAACAAAGCCGUGACAGAUGUAAUGGAAAGGCAAGCUUUUGACCAAGCGCAGAUUUUCUAUUUAACUCAGAAGAUAAAUAUGGCAUUUGAAAUUUUAAAGUUUGAGGUUGAAGGAACCGAAGAACACGUAAUCAACACGUCACGUUGGCGAGAGAAAGACAUCAGGACGGAAGGAAAGGCUUACAAUUCAGGCUUGCUCCUCGGCAUUAGCAAACAUCGCACACCGGAACGUGGUGUAACCAUAACCAAGACCGUUCAUGUCGAUAAUUUUCUUGGAAACACGGGACUAUUUUUCGGCGUAUAUCAAGGAUACAACGGCAGUUACGUCACGAAUUUGUGCGCACGUGAGCUGCACAGGGACAUUCGCGAAAACCUGCAACAUCAUUUCUCAGAAAAUGGCCAGAAUUCCGAGAUCAUCAAGUCGGCUUUCCAAGAAGCUUACCGGCGGAUUGACAGAAUCCAACUUCUCGGUGAGGGAGAGCAUCCCUGGAAACGAUGGAGCGGCUGCUCUGCUGUUACGUGUCUUCUUCUCAACGAGAGCCUUUACGUCGCUAAUGAAGGCAACGUCAGGGGAUUUCUGGUCAGAGGGAACAACACGAUUCGAGGGAUUACCUCAUCGCACGAUCUCUACAACCGCAAGGAACGCCUGCGCGUGCGCAGAAAUUGCGGAGUCAUCGUGAAGACGGAAAGAUGCGCGCUCGUGAACGGAGUCCUGGACACCACGCGCGGUUUGGGCAACCAAGGAGAUUGGCGACUAAAAAUAUGCGUUAUUAACAAGCCGAAGUUUCGUGUUGUAAAUUUGGCACCGACGGACAAAAUGAUAGUUUUGGCCUCUGAAGGUAUCUGGAAAGUAUUUAGUUACGAAGAUGUCUUGUUUCUGUUGAGGAAAUUCCUGCGCGACGCGUCAAAUAAACGGCAAAAUUCACAGGAGAAUUUGUUAAAAAGCAAAACUCCCGAAGGUCUAGGCUUUCUUGAAAUUCCCAGUGUCCAUCUCGACUCAGAAUACCGGGCUUACCUGAGGAAACAGAACGUGAAUCCUAUCGAUGCACGUGUCCCUCAGAUGGUGAAGUGGAACCCAGACAAUCCAACCAUAGUGAUUAGGCGCGCGUCUGUUAUACAGGAUGAUCCUCUCUUGGAAGAAGAAGAGACGGCGAAAAAUUCGAAGAAAUGCUAUUUCUCGGAAUCCGAACAAGACGAUGAAGAUUUACAAGAAUUAUCGAGACUUUUCACGCACUACAACACGGAUUCUUCAUAUACAAGGCGUGAAAUUGCGCGCUUGCUCAGUAAACGUCUGCUCAAAAGCGCUCUACUUUCCGGCAUCGAGAACGAGAACGUCGCUGUUGUUUUGCUCAUGAAGGGUUUUGAUGUUGAAGAGCAGAAAGAUAACGAUAUUGAGACAUAGCUAUGUACUUGUUUUGCCGUGAAAAGGAAUAACACGUGAACCGUUUCGACAAUGUUUCACCUUCAUUAGCCCUUUGCAGUUGUGUUUCAACUAUAUUGCUCGUCUGCCGGCUGAGGCUAUCGCGAGGAACUUGUCAGGCAUACUCUCUCUAGAGAAAGAGUCUUCAGUUAUUUUUUCCUUUUUAAACUGAAAAGAACUUCUUGUAAGAACUUAUGAGAUAUCUAGUGGACAGGAAUUUUGCUCAAUGUUCAAACGUUCAAGAAACAAACGGUUGGAACAUAACAAAAUUUAUUAGCUAUUUAGAAAAGGUUUAUUUACAAUUGA